UGCACUACCUUCAUCUGUUUAUUUCACUCUGUUCCUCGAACCCAUGUCUUAUGCGUAAGAGCUCCACCUUCCCGCCAUGUCCAUUGCCCUCCACGCCAUUCUGCGCCCCUUCGGCGUUAACCCGGUUAGCUGCUAUCUUGGACGGCAUGCCCGGUUCUGCUUCCGUGCAAGCUGGACCGAAGCAGUGAACUGGGAGAAGAAGCAGGGGAAUAGCAAGAGGACGAGGAAGACGAAGGCGGCGGCGGAUGUGAUGGGAUUGGAGGUUCUUUGUGAUGAUGGGUUCGGGAGCGUCACCAUGAAGGAUUACCUGGAGGCGGUGAGGACCAUGCCCAUAGACGAUGGAGGGCCACCUCGGUGGUUCUGCCCCGUGGAGUGCGGGCGGCCGGUGGUUAACAGCGCACCUCUGCUGCUGUUCUUGCCAGGAACGGAUGGUGUUGGAAUGGAGCUCAUUUUGCACCACAAAUCCUUGGGCAUGGUAUUUGAGGUCCGCUGUUUGCACAUACCAGUAAACGAUCGUACAUCAUUUGGAGAGCUAUUACAAAUUGUUGACGAAUGUAUCAAAUAUGAGCAUGCUUUAUCACCAAACAGACCAGUAUUUGUAGUUGGAGAUUCUCUUGGUGGAUGCUUGGCUAUUUCGGUGGCAGCUCACAAUCCAGAAAUUGACUUGGUUCUAAUAGUAGUAAAUCCAGGAACGUCAUUUGCGGAAACUCUGGUGCAAGCAAUAUUGCCUCUUUUGGACUUGAUGCCAAGCAACCUUUCAGUUAUACAUCCACACCUUUUGAGAUAUUUCAUUGGUGAACCCCUUAAGAUGUCAAUGGCGAGCAUUCAGAACGAUCUGUCUCUUCAGGAGUCUCUGCAAAAGUUUUUAGACGGGUUUAAUUCUAUGCAAACUUUAACUUAUGGAACUGGAGAUAUAAUACGUAUGGAUAAUAUUGUGUGGAAGCUCAAGCUUCUUAAGUCAGGUGCAGCCUAUGCCAACUCUCGUCUUCAUGCGGUACAAGCGGAAGUUCUACUUCUUGCCAGUGGCAAUGAGAAUCUGUCGCCAACAGGAGAAGCAGACCGACUGCUUAAGACACUGAAUAAUUGCAAAGCUAGAUACUUUAGAAACCGAGGUCAUACAUUACUCAUGGAGCAUGACUUCAAUCUUCUAACUGUCAUAAAAGGGGUCAACAUGUACCGCCGUGGCAGAAAACGGGAUGCCGUGACCGAUUUCCUUCCUCCUACACUUAGUGAGUUCAAGAAAACAUUUGGUGAAGAUUUCAAACAGUUCAAUCAGUUACUAAGCCCAGUCAUGCUGUCUACUCUAGAAACUGGAAAAAUUGUCCGUGGCCUCGCCGGUGUUCCUGACAAAGGUCCUGUCUUGUUUGUGGGUUAUCACCAACUCAUGGCGAUGGAGUUGAGCACAUUGCUCGAGGGGCUCUUCCGAGAGAAGAAACCAGUCCGAGCAUUGGCCCACGAGGUGUUUUUUAAAGGCAACUUUGGAACUUUGCGCGAGGAGCUGUCUCUGUUUGAUGCACUCUGUAUGUAUGGCGCAGUACCAGUCAAUCCUACAAAUAUGUACAAGUUAUUUCAGAGAAAUGAAUUUGUUCUCCUCUAUCCAGGCGGUGUUCGAGAAGCUCUGCACCGGAAGGGUGAAAGCUACCAGUGCUUUUGGCCAAAUAAACCAGAGUUUGUGAGAAUGGCAGCCCGGUUUGGAGUUACUAUCGUACCAUUUGGGUGUGUCGGAGAAGAUGACUUUUUUGAGGUUGUUGUGGACUACAAUGAUCAGAAGAACAUCCCCUGUCUCAGAGACUGGAUAACAUCAUUCAAUGAAGAUCUUCCAACUUUAAGAGAUACUGUCAUUGGAGAGAACGGGAAUCAGGACGUGCAUCUGCCUGUCCUUCUCCCUAAAGUACCAGGGCGGUUGUACUUCCUCUUCGGCAAGCCAAUCGUGACGAAAGGAAUGGACAAUCUCCUGAGUGACAGCAAACAAGCAAACGAUUUGUAUUUACACACAAAACUGGAAGUGGAGAACUUAAUUUCUUAUCUCAAGAGGAAGAGAGAAGAAGACCCCUACCGGAGUAUAACUCCACGCAUAUUGUACCAGGCAAUUUGGGGUGCUUCUGCUCAAGUGCCUACUUUCGAACCGUGAAAAUUGGAUAUGGAUGUACUUGUGCGGUAGAGUGGUUCCUCUGCUUGGAAAAUACCGUAUUGUUCUAUUUCCAGAUUAUUGUAUUAGUCAAAUGUCAUGGAAUAAUGAUAUGAUGCAAUAUUUAUUCAGAAUAAGUAGUAGCAGUGUCAAGUUUCAUGCA